UUUACGUUUUACGUCAUGUUUUUACGUUUUGUUGUUUUAGUGUUUUACAUACGUUUUACGUUUUAGUGCUUUACGUUUUAGUGUUCUGAGUUUUAAGUUCUAAGGUUUACGGGGGGUGAGGUAUUUGGUACGCCAUAAUUUUUGGUGUUGGGAAGAGUAAAAGAGGAUUUUACGUCUUCCUGUUGUGUUCUCGUCCCGUAUUUCCGGUAGAUAUAGCAGCAGGCACCUCACGUAGAUCUCGGCCUGCAUUGCAGCUCCCGUCAACUUUAAUAUUCCGUUGAUCUGCGUUUUGCCUUCUUCAAUUUCUCAGUUACUACUUCAAAGACUGAUAGUUCAUUAUCUAUUCUAUUCAAAAAAGUAUUUCGAUAAAUCUGACGUCGCUUCAGGAUGGAGGAUGUGAUCCGCUAAGGCUAAUGGACCAGUAAGGCGCCCGAGUUUUUCCACAUUACUUACUUUCAUUGUAAGAAGUGGAUCAGUGAUUGCUUUCAAUGUAAGAAGCGCGGUUUUUUUGCAUCUUAAUUUUUAUGCGAAAAUGCUAUUCACGUGGAUAAUUCCUGCGGGGAAACAGCUCCUGCGCACAUCGUAUUGUUACCGACGUUUGCAUUUGCAAGUACCUGGAGGUGUACGCGCCAAGCUGACACUGCAGCAGAUUAAUCAUAUCCUGCGACUGCGGGAAGCCACAUCGGCGGACACAGAAUGUCCACCUCCCAUUAAAACCUAUGAAGCCUCACAGUUGGCUGCGAAUUUUCCCAUCGAGGAUCGCUGCUUGGAAGCCAAAUUAUUACGCACUGGCGGGAUGCUGUUCGCCGUGAUUGAUGGACACGGUGGUCCUGGUUGUGCGCAGGCUCUUAGUGAAAGACUAGCGGAUUAUGUCUCGGUGGCGCUGAUGGAUGCGGACUCUUUGCAGAGACUAGCUGGAGAAAUCGACUCAUCCGCCAAUGCGAACUCUGAAUUUCCCAUCAUCGUGAACAGAAAACUUCAUCCUGGCGACUACAUCAUCCCCAGUCAGCGAAGUAAUCACUACCGUUGGCUAGGGCGUUACGUUCGGGACCGGGUGCAGUCACCUCCAGCCGUCGUGGAUAUUCCUGCGCAGCUCAAAGAUGCCUUCUUACGCCUGGACCAAGAUAUUUCCGCUUCUGGACUGGAGACCUUGGAUGAUAAUGACGAAGUGGUUAAAAAUGUCAGUUUGGAAAAUCUUUCAUGCUGUCUGAGUGGCGCUGUGGUCAGUAUGGCGUAUGUCAACGAUUGCGAUCUGUACAUGGCCAGUACCGGCGAUGCCAUGGGCAUUAUAGCCAGUAUUGAUGAGGAGGGAAUUUGGAGUUCGCAAGUCUUGACGGCUCAGCAUACUCAUAAAAACGCCCAAGAACUUCAGCGACUAUACGAGCAACAUCCGGGCGAAGAAAGCGGUGUCGUGGUUGCGGAGAGAUUGUUGGGGCAGUUGUAUCCGUUGAGGGCUUUUGGGGAUUGUCAGUAUAAAUGGCCUGCGGAGCAGUUGAAAGCCAUUUUGAAGCACCAUAUGCUGAUGCACAUGUUUCCCCAGAAUUACCAUACACCCCCAUAUUUAACUGCUGAACCGGAGAUAACUUAUCACCGCCUGCACGCAAAUAACCGGUUUAUUCUUCUGUCAUCCGAUGGGCUGUUUGACUUCCUGAACGACGAGAGCGCAACGAAGUUGGUAACAGAACACAUGAGUGGACGCCGAGCACUGCAGCCUUUCAGUGUUCCCCCCAACUCUGGUGCCACUCUGGCCGAACUGAACCUUCGUCUGAAGAAGCGCAUGAUUGCUCAAUCCAAGAAACCCGAUGACGCAAACGUGGCUACCCACGUUAUUCGCCAUGCUUUGGGUCGGUCCGAGACGGGUUUGGAUAUGAACAAGCUCUCCCGCACACUGAGUGCCAGUGUAGAGGAAGCGCGUUAUCAAAGAGAUGAUAUGACCGUACAGAUUGCGUUCUUCGACAAAGAUUAUCUGCGUUUAUUUUCCCCAAUGGAAACCGGGAACAGAUCAAAAGAGUGAAUUCGCGACAACACAACUGUGAUAUUUAAACACAACUAUUGUAGAGAUACUAACCCAACAGACACUGAGAUCGAAAUCUGAGAUCGAACGAGACCAGACUUAUGCCAGACCAGGAGAUCGGAGACGUAACUGAUAAUGCCUACGUUUUAUCUUUUUAUGUAUAAUUUACAGUUGGUGUGAUCUUUCUGUGGUGCUGUAAGCUUUCAUGGUGUACUUCUCCGGGUGGCGAAUGGUAGGAAUUAAACCAUAGGA